UAAUUGGCGCAUAUUGGCCCCUGUAUCCAGGAAAUGCCGAGCACCAGGCAUAUCAUCUGUCAGUGGGGUCAUUCGCACUGGAGAGCCACCACUUGAGGGGAAAGGAGUUUGGGUUCUGCAAUUUGUUCAGAAACUGUUAGGCGAUAAGUUGUGCACACAACAUAAUGUGGAAAUCCGACUUACCACCCAGCUAUGAAGAAUCCAGGAAUCACCAGUACAGCCAUCAACAUGGCAUGUACCCUCAGCCUCCCGGAUAUGGGUACCCUGCCUACGGAGUUCCACCUCAGCCAGCAAUGCCCUAUCCCAGCCAGCCAGGCACCCAGCCACACACUGGGAUGAGACAGGGGCCUGGCUUUCCAGCAUCCGGCUUUCCAUCCAUUAUUCCCACAUUUUUGUCUUCGCCAAUUCCCAACAACAGUCCAAACAUGGGAGAGACUGACGUCUUUGCCUCGGCUGGCGUUUGGGAAAGUCGAUCAGUUCGUCAUGCAUUCAUACGGAAAGUCUACUUGAUUUUAGCAGCUCAGCUGAUUGUCACCGUCUCUAUUGUGGCAGUAUUUGUUUUUGUUCAUCCUGUUCGUCUGUUUGUGGUCCAAAAUCCAGGCGUGUAUUGGGCGUCAAUUGUUCUUUACCUUGUGACCUACCUGGUUCUGGUAUGCUGUGAGGGGCCUAGGAGACGCUUCCCAUUGAAUUUGGUCCUCCUCGCUGUUUUUACACUUGCCAUGUCUUACAUGACAGGAACAAUAUCAAGUUACUAUGACACCAAGGCAGUGUUUCUGGCUCUCAUAAUAACUGCUGUCGUGUGCGUCAUUGUCACCAUCUUCUGUUUUCAGACCAAGGUAGAUUUCACCUCUUGCACUAGCCUCUUCUUUGUGCUUGCCAUGGUUGUACUGGUCACAGGAAUCAUCACAGCUAUCGUGCUCUCAUUCCAAUAUGUGCCCUGGCUUCACAUGCUCUAUGCAGCGAUUGGAGCCAUUGUCUACACACUGUUCUUGGCGUACGACACCCAGUUGCUCAUAGGAAACCGAUCAUAUGCCAUCAGCCCAGAGGAGUAUAUCUUUGGAGCGCUGUCGCUCUAUGUUGACAUUGUCCAGAUCUUUACCUUUCUUUUACAACUCACUGGGUCCUCGUCAGAUUAGGCGGAUGAACCCAUCUCCAAGAAAGAGAAAAAAAAGUGUUUUAAAUUACCUCAUGAGUUGGUAGGUCACCUAUCUGAGCAAAAGUGUUUCCAGUAUAAAUAUAUAGCAUGUUGUAUUGAUAACCAUGGCACUUUAUAAUUCAUUGGCAUGCUUAAUUAGCAAUAAAACCCAUUGUAACCAGUACUGCACCUAUUACAUUGUAGCUAAGGUCCAGGUUUGAGUCCACUAUGAAUUUUUUAUCAUUUAUUCUUGUAUCAAACUGUUCUUUUAUCAAAUAUUAUUAGUUGUUUGUCAUUCUUACACAGUUUCUUUGCACUUACUGAAAGACAAAAUUACAUUUUAACUAUGGUAAUCUGACAUAAACAAGAGGAUUGUGGAGUGAUUUUUACAAUUGUACACUACAAUGUGGACAUACAGUUGUCGCUGAAAUUGUUGGUAUUCUUCCACAAAAAAGAAAAAAAAACCUCAUUGUUCAUUCCAUGUGUAAUGCAAAUUAGACUUUAAUUAUAACAGAAUAUUUAAAAAAUAUUUAAAUAAAACUAAUGAAAAUGGCAGUGGCAAAAAUGAUGGGACCCUUCACAUAAUGUGUAUUGCACAACACAGAAAUGAUUGCAUUUUAGCCAUUAAUUCCAGUCUGGCUAUUUUUUUUCUUUCAAUGGUGGAGUCCUGUCUAAUGUUGUUGUCUGUUGAUUUUUUUGUUC